UUUUCUUACAAAAGGAAUAUAACAUUUGAAAAAUUUGUUCUGGUGUAUUAUUAGAAGAGUGGAGGCUAACAGCGUCUCUGGAAAUGAUGAGGACUCACUCUUUUCUGACAGUUUUGCUUUGGAGCUCUGUGUUUUAUGUGGUUCGUAUGACGCCAUCCCAAAAAAGGACUAACAAGCACUCACACAGUGAAAGGAUAACAGGAUUGUCAGAGAAUGAUGGCAAAACACUGCACCGCACCAAGCGUGGUUGGAUGUGGAAUCAAUUUUUCCUGCUGGAGGAAUACACAGGUCCAGAUACUCAAUACGUGGGCAAGCUACACACUGACCAAGAUAAAGGAGAUGGAAAUUUAAAAUACAUAUUAACGGGAGAUGGGGCUGGCAGUCUGUUCAUUAUAGAUGAAAAUACAGGAGAUAUUCAUGCUGCAAAGAAAUUGGACAGAGAAGAAAAGUCCCUGUACGUGCUACGUGCCAAGGCUAUAGACAGAAAAACUGGAAGACAAGUGGAACCAGAGUCUGAAUUUAUCAUUAAAAUCCACGAUAUCAAUGACAAUGAACCAAAAUUCACCAAGGACAUGUACACCGCCAGUAUUCCGGAGAUGUCUGGAGUUGGUACAUCUGUUAUUCAGGUGACAGCCACAGACGCUGAUGAUGCCAACUAUGGGAACAGUGCCAAAGUGGUGUACAGCAUCCUCCAGGGACAGCCGUAUUUCUCAGUGGAUCCAGAAACAGGCAUAAUCAAGACUGCUUUACCAGACAUGAGCAGAGAAAACAGGGAGCAGUACCAAGUGGUUAUCCAGGCAAAGGACAUGGGAGGCCAGAUGGGAGGAUUAUCAGGGACCACCACCGUGAACAUCACCCUGACUGACGUCAACGACAAUCCACCUCGCUUCCCCCAGAGCUCCUACCAGUUCAGCUCUCCUGAAUCUGCACCACCUGGGACUCCUCUUGGCAGAAUUAAAGCCAAUGACCCCGAUGUGGGAGAAAAUGCAGAGAUUGAGUAUAGCAUCUCCAAUGGGGAUGGAUCAGACAUGUUUGAUAUCAUCACUGACAAGGACACACAGGAAGGGAUUAUAACUGUCAAAAAGCAUCUGGAUUUUGAAAACAAGGUGUUAUAUACCCUGAAAGUAGAAGCAAGCAACGCUCAUCCUGAUCCUCGUUUUCUUCAGCUGGGGCCAUUCAAAGACACGGCUUUUGUCAAAAUCUCUGUUGAAGACAUUGAUGAACCUCCAGUGUUCAGCAGACCCUGGUAUUUAAUAGAGGUAGACGAAGAUGCCAAGGAAGGAAGCAUUAUUGGGCAGGUUGUCGCCCAAGACCCAGAUAUAGCAAAGAAUGCAAUAAAAUAUUCUGUAGAUCGACACACUGACCUUGACAGAAUAUUCAACAUCUAUUCAGGAAAUGGAUCCUUAUUCCUCUCGAAGCCACUUGACCGAGAAGAAACUCCCUGGCACAACAUCACUGUCAUAGCAACUGAAAUCAAUAACCCUAAACAAAGUAGCCAAAUACCUGUCUUCAUACGGAUUUUAGACAUAAAUGAUCAUGCACCAGAGUUUGCCAACUACUAUGAAACAUUUGUUUGUGAAAAUGCAAAAGCAGGACAGCUCAUACAGACUGUGAGUGCAAUCGACAAAGAUCAGCCUGCUCGAGGACACAAAUUUUUCUUUGAGUUGGUGCCAGAAUUUGCUGUUCAUCCAAACUUCUCUGUUGUAGACAACAAAGAUAACACAGCGGGAAUUAUGACCAGAAGAAACGGAUACAGCCGUAGUAAGACGAGUACCUAUCUUCUGCCCAUCAUCAUAUUUGACAACGACUACCCGAUCCAGAGCAGCACGGGCACGCUGACCAUCCGCGUGUGCGCCUGUGACAGCCGGGGCAACAUGCAGUCCUGCAGCGCCGAGGCCUUGCUGCUCCCUGCCGGCCUCAGCACGGGGGCUCUGGUGGCCAUUCUCCUCUGCAUCAUCAUCCUGCUAAUAUUAGUUGUCUUGUUUACGGCUCUCAAGAGACAGAGGAAGAAAGAACCCUUGAUCAUCUCAAAAGAUGAUGUUCGGGACAAUAUUGUGACCUACAACGAUGAAGGAGGUGGGGAAGAAGACACACAGGCCUUUGACAUUGGCACACUGAGAAAUCCAGAGGCAAGGGAGGAAAGUAAGAUGAGAAGAGAUGUUAUCCCAGAAACAAUAUUUCAGAUAAGGCGGACUGCGCCUCUUUGGGAAAACAUCGAUGUUCAAGAUUUUAUUCAUAGAAGGCUAAAGGAAAACGAUUCAGACCCAGCUGCCCCUCCUUAUGAUUCAUUAGCAACAUAUGCCUACGAAGGAAAUGAUUCCAUAGCAAAUUCUCUCAGCUCCCUGGAAUCACUUACCACAGAAGGCAACCAAGACUACGAUUACCUCAGUGACUGGGGACCGCGGUUUAAAAAGCUGGCAGAUAUGUAUGGUGGAGAGGACAGUGAUCGAGACUGAGGAAGUAAUCUGUGACCUGGUCAGUGUUAGUGGAAUUCAUGUCUAUGUUCCUAGAUAAAUAAAGUGGCCUACUCUCUUACUUGGGAAUAAAAUAUUUACAAAAAAUAGGUGUUGUCUUAGUAAGGGUUUGCUUAAUCAAUAAGUCAACGUGAAUGAAUAUGAACGAUUGAGAUUUUAAAAAAACACUACAACCAACCUUCUAUGCCUAGAAACCUCUGAUGAAAGGGUUUUAUAGGGAAUGAAAAGACAAUAAAAGGCUUUUUGCGCCUUUGAGAAUUACAUGGAAACUCCAUAUUUUUAAAUUGCUUUGCUUUACCUUUCCUACUAUGUUGGAUAGUGUGCAUCUGCAUUGUAACUUAAUCUCAAAAAUAUACUUUAAAAAGAUUAAUAUUACUGCCAUAUUUAUUGAGUUAAAAAUGUCUGUGUGUUGAUUCAUCCUGAUAUUUUUAUAUAUGUAUAUUUAUAUUUUUGUAUU